CUUCCUUUCUGUAGAUCUAAGGCUGUAUUACUAAUGUAAAGCGAAGUUUUUGUGCUUUGUUCAACCUGGAAGUACUUUCUAUGUACUUUCUACUUUCUAGCAUUCUAGUGUAGAAAAAUUAACUGUAGUACUAUACACUUCCUCAGUAACUGAUUUUGUGUCAGUGUAUGAUGACCUGUAUUAUAAAAACAAUGUUACAGCUGCUGUGUUUCAGAGGUUGAAAGACCAAAGGUGACUUAUCGGAUGCUGUAAAGUGACUGCUGUCUUCAUGGCCUCUGUUCAUCUGCUUAGACUGCUGAGCUUGAUGACUGAUCCUCCACAGAUCCUGCUCUCAUCACACUGCAGCUCAACACAAAGUCAGCUCAACUGUUCCUGUGAGACUCUGGGAAACCCAUCCCCCACUAUACAGUGGUAUUUGAAUGAACUACCUGUCAAUCACUCUAAAUGUGAAAUAUUCAAUCAGACUCUGAACAGGACAAUUCUGAGGAGCUUCUUCACUCUGAAUCAGCCUCAUAAGAAGGAUCGUCUCACCCUGCUUUGCCGCAGCUUCAACUCUCUGGGCUCAGCCAGUCAACAAUUUUGUGUCAGCAGCCAACAGAUUUCCACAGAACAUCAACUUCUGUAUCCAGCGAUAAUAUCCACUCUUGCAGUGCUGCUGUUAGCACUGCUACUAUAUGUGUUUUUUAUCAGGGCUCAAAAGAAUCCUUGUAAAAAUAAAGGUCACUUAACAGAUGAAAACAACACAGUUGCAAUGAGUCAGCCUCUAACUGAAGAAGGAAAUGAGGAACCAAACACAACAGAAGAGUGCAUUUAUGCAAACGCUGAUGGACUGAGAAGGGCAGAAAAUCUUCACCCUGCAAACAUCGCUGGACCAAGCAGCACUGACUUGCCAAGCUCUGGGCCAAAAAAUGCAGAAGGAGGAUACGAAAAAUCAGACAAGAAAGGGGACGAGAACGAACUGAUUUACUCUAAUGUGAACUGGAAGAUGAAGAGCAAGAAAAAAAGGGUGGAAAAUCUUUGGACAUGAAUCCACCUGGCAGAUCUUAUUUGAAAGAGAAGUGCAUGGUGAGGGGAGUUAACAGAAAGUUUGUGAGCAAUGCAGUAGAAAUGGGAGGCCUGUAUGCUCAGGUGGAGCCUAGAAAUAUGAGGAAGGAAGUGGGGUGUGAAUAUGUACAAGUCAAAUUUAAAGAACAAAGCGCUAUGCAAAAAUAGAUAUAUAGUGCUGUGAAAAAAUAUUUACCCCUGAUUUCCUGAUGUUUUGCUUUUUGCAUAUUGGUCACACUUAGGAGUUUCAGAACAUUAAACUAAUCUUGAUAUUAGAAAAAAAUAACCCAAGUAAAUUCAAAACACUUUUUAUAAAAAAGUCCAAAUCUUUAAAAAAUUUUUGAUUAUCUGAAACAUGUGACAAAUAUGGUAGGAAAUAAGACAUCAGAAAGCAGACAAAUACUUUUCAUGGCAUAAUGCAACCUUUUGCAUCCUCGAGCUUACUACAAAAUAAAUAAGUAGCUGGUCUGUUGUCUGGGUGUGUCCUUGACACAUUUAGUCACACUGUGGCAAAGACAUUGAGCAAUGCAAUUAUAUUCCCUUUGUUCAGGUCAUGGGCUUGUUUAGCACAGUAUCUCAGAUACUCCCUGAAAUAGUCAAAGACUGGGUCGCUACCAAGUGGCUACAACUGGUCCAAGGAGACCUGUUAGAGAAGCUGGGAGAAGCUCUGGACAUGCAGUUUGCAUGCUUGAAAUUUGCUGGUAAUUCAUUUUAGUCUGAUUAGCCUGCAACAAACACAUGGCUCGGAGCAUGACCCAGUUAUAGUCUGGCUUCAUCUGGGAUGUGAUAAGGCCUUCCUAUGAUUGAAUGCUCCAAAUUCCAAGUAAUUAAAUGCCAAAUUACUUUUGCUAUAAAUAGUCUAUGCUCGAACCAUUUCCAGCCUUCAUCAAAGAAUAGGUGGUAAAUUUGUAGAACAUGAUAAAAAUCAUUUUUUGAAACAAUCUUGGAAAAUAAUUACAUAAAAAAAGAUUAAAUAUAAAAUAAUUUAUAGAAUAUUAUUGCUUGGUAACUGAACAUCAUCACAACACACAUCUGAAUCUUAUUGUUUAGCUUUUUUGUUUGUUUGUUUUAUUAACAUACAAUUGCAGGAAAAGUGUUGUUAACUGUUCUGAUAAUUAGUUGUUGUAUUGUGUACCCAAUCACACACUAUCUAUAUAUAGAGGUGAUAUUAAUAUAUUUAUAGUACCAUGAUAAGCAGACAUGAUAAUUAUGAAAAAUACAAGGACCAUUCACAGUCAGUUAUACUUGAUUUAAGUGUCUAUCUUGUUGUAGGCUAUAAAUAUAAUGAAUGAUACUUAAACAUAAAUACAAGUGAUUCAGUUUUUUUCAAUAAAUUAUUUUGUCAAACAUUUUUUUUUAAAUUCCGUACACCUGGGAGUUU